AUGGUGGAAUUUCAUGAAAUUGUUGAGCCUUCAAGUGAUCCUAUGAGAGAGUUGUUAGAAGUUGGAGAUGAUGAAGAAAAUGUCAGUUACAAUGAUCUUAAGAAACGGAUGUGGAAGGACCGGAUGAAAUUGCAGAAGCUCAAAGCAAAGCGAGACAUGAGCUCGUUUAAGGAUGAGAGUGAUGAAACACAAGCUAAGCAAGAAGAACAAUCUCGUCGCAAAAAGAUGUCAAGAGCUCAAGAUUCAAUUCUCAAGUACAUGGUUAAGAUCAUGGAGGUUUGUGAAGGUCAAGGCUUUGUUUAUGGAAUAGUGGGGGAAAAGGGGAAACCGGUUAGCGGAUCAUCGGAUAGUUUAAGAGAAUGGUGGAGGGAGAAGGUGAGAUUUGAACAGAGUGCCCCUGCUGUCAUUGCUGAUUUCUUGCCCAAAUUAGUAGAGGACAACAUUAUUUUGGAUACUUCCUCCAAUAUUCAUCUCUUAGAAGAUUUGAGAGAUGGUACUUUAAGCACACUCCUUUCUACCCUCAUGCAACAUUGUGACCCCCCACAAAGGAUUUUCCCUUUAGAAAGAGGAUUAGCCCCACCUUGGUGGCCUACAGGGAAGGAACUCUGGUGGGGUGAUCAAGGCUUAUCUCAAGAACAAGGUCCACCACCUUAUAGGAAGCCUCAUGAUCUCAAGAAGGCAUGGAAGGUAACUGUUUUGGCUGCAAUCAUCAAGAAUAUGACACCCAAUUUAGAUAGAAUGAGGAGGUUGGUGACACAGUCCAGGAGCUUACAAAAUAAGAUGACAGCCAAAGAAACAGCCACUUGGUCUAAAUUGGUUAACCAAGAAGAAGCUCUUGUCAAUUUAACUGACAAGUCUCUCAAGAUUUCAUCUUCCGAGGAAGAAGAAGAUGUUGCUUUGGUAACCAAGAAUGUAUUUGUUGAUGGAUCUGCUCGGAGGAGAAAAGACAAGAGGAAGUGCAACUUUGAGCAUGACACAAGGUGUCCCAUUCGCGAAAAUGGUGGUCUGUAUGACCAAGAAAGUAUCAAUAACUUGGUUGAAGCACAAACGCUGCCUCGUGAAGAAUGGAUAGCUAAAGAAGAAGAAAUUUCUCCACAUGAUUGGAUGAACAUGGAGAUCCAGAAGAGCUUCAACAAUUACGAUGCACAAUUUACUGCGUGUAGCGGAAUUCAGAACAAUUUCGAAAGCUAUUCAGGAGAAAAUGUCCUUGAACAGCUUCUCUCUUAUCCAGCGACUUGUGGAAGCAUGAACAUAGAUGGAACUCAAUUAGAAGCUGAUCUAAAUCAAGAGAUUGCUACUUCUAUUUGGGAUUUUUAG